UUACUUCUGGCGUGAUGACGUCAGAGUGUUGUGUCUGUUCUCGCGCGGCGAAUGAGUGAAGAUGGCGGACUCGGUAGCGGCGGGGCUUGGAGACGAAAAAGAGGCCGAAAAUGAAGGAAAGGAGAAGGAGAAACGAGCUUUUCGUGCCUCUGACAAAGCGGAGACGGGCAGCGGCGCGUCGGAGUUGACCGAGACUCUCGGCUUUUACGAGAGGAAGGCGAAAAGGCAGGAGAGCAGGCGCAGCCUGUCGGAUCUCUCUCUGGUGCGGUUCGUCAGUGCUGAGUUGACCAGAGGAUAUUUUCUGGAACAUAACGAGGCCAAAUACACAGAAAGGAGAGAGAGAGUCUACACCUGCUUGCGCAUUCCCAAAGAACUGGAGAAGCUGAUGAUCUUUGGGUUCUUCCUGUGUCUGGAUGCAUUUCUCUACGUGUUCACUCUGUUACCGCUCAGAGUGCUGCUGGCGCUGAUUAGGCUGCUCACACUGCCCUGCUGUGGCCUCAGUGGCUCUCGUCUCUUGCAGCCUGCUCAGGUGUGUGACGUGCUGAAGGGGUUAAUCAUGGUGCUUUGUUAUUCCAUGAUGCACUACGUGGACUACUCCAUGAUGUACCACCUGAUUAGGGGCCAGUCUGUCAUCAAGCUCUACAUCAUCUACAACAUGCUGGAGGUGGCGGAUCGAUUGUUUUCGUCCUUUGGGCAGGACAUUCUGGACGCUCUGUAUUGGACAGCCACAGAGCCCAAAGAAAGAAAGAGAGCACACAUUGGUGUAAUACCUCACUUCUUCAUGGCUGUCCUCUAUGUCUUUCUUCAUGCCAUUCUAAUCAUGGUUCAGGCCACCACCUUGAAUGUGGCAUUUAAUUCCCACAACAAAUCCCUGCUCACCAUCAUGAUGUCCAACAAUUUUGUUGAGAUCAAGGGGAGCGUAUUUAAGAAGUUUGAAAAGAAUAACCUCUUUCAGAUGUCGAACAGUGACAUCAAAGAAAGAUUCACAAACUAUGUACUCUUAUUAAUUGUCUGCCUCAGAAACAUGGAACAGUUCUCCUGGAACCCAGAUCAUCUGUGGGUGCUGUUUCCGGAUGUAUGUAUGGUGGUUGCUUCGGAGAUCGCCGUGGAUGUGGUGAAACAUGCCUUCAUCACUAAAUUUAAUGACAUCCCAGCAGAUGUGUACAGUGAAUACAGAGCAAGUUUGGCGUUUGAUCUGGUCAGCAGCAGACAGAAGAAUGCAUAUACUGACUACAGUGACAGCGUGUCAAGAAGAAUGGGUUUUAUCCCUCUUCCUCUUGCUCUACUGCUCAUCCGGGUGGUGACCAGUUCAGUGAAGAUCCAGGGUGCCCUUGCUGUUGUGUGCGUUGUGCUCUUUUAUCUGGGUAUGAUCACACUGAAGGUGCUGAACAGCAUCGUGUUGUUGGGAAAGUCAUGUGUGUACGUUAAAGAAGCGAACAUGGAGGAGAAGCUCUUUCAGUCACCCCCCUCUGCUGCGCCAAGCAGAGUAUCGAGUAGAGCUCACCGAACAAAACACACACGUGAAUCAGCAGGUGAGCCUGAGGAUGAAGGCGUAUCUGCGUCAGUCAUCACUCAACCCACUCACCAGCCUGAGCGCACUGCCUCAAAUCUCCCGACCAGCGAAUCAGAUCAGUUCCUUACGACGCCCGAUGAAUCGGAAGAGAAGAUCAUUACACAGGAUGGAACAGAACUCGUACACAGAGCUCCUAAGAAAGACCUGCUGGAGAUCGAUCGUUUUACUAUCUGUGGGAACCGAAUUGACUGACACACACACCUAUAUAUGCGUUCAGAAAGUGACGAAAGCUGGGAAGCUGGGAAGCUGGUUACGAACUGAAAGACCCUCCCUGUUUACCAGCUUGAUUUCUUUUUUGACUUUAAACCCUGGGACUUGCAGGAUCAGGGUAGCAAGAAACAGUGGGAUAUUUAUUAAGAAGACCUAAUUUAUUGAAGUUUCAUACUGAAACAUACACUCACACACACAUCACUCAACCUUCCCUUCUAUACUCCUCCACUUAUGGAUGCUCGUUUGCUUGGACAAAAGGUUGCACAGGCCUUGGACUAGAUCUGGGGAGAUGAUUGCCUGGUUGCUUUGCCGUCCUGAUGGGAAGAGAGAGAAUGCAAAAUGGAUCACUUCAUUCAGAAGACUAGGCAGACUUUCGAUUUUAUAUGGUGGUAAACAUGAAGAAUUCAAACAGGUCAGAAUGGACUAGUGCGAAGGUCAGUUUGAAGUGGUUGACUUGAACUGUGUGGCAUUUUUUUUUCAUACUAAAUUUUCUGAAAGCUCAGUCCUUUUCUUUUCCAAUCUUUAUUUCUAUUGUUGAGGGCACUGAGACACAUCUACAGUACUGUGCAAAAACUGUCUUAAGCCAUUUGAGAUGGUGUAUAUGAAAUGUAAAGCUUUUUAUCUGAGCAGUAAGUUUAUUUAUUAAAAAAAAAAAACUAACGAAUAAAAAAGCAGUGCACAUUGUGGUGUUAUGGAGGUCAUUGUGUUAUCUGAACUAUUUCAAAAUCAUUACUUCUUUUUUAGCUAAUCAAUACUUAAUAAAGAGAAGGUGCUGCUGAUGAAAAUGAUAUUAGUAACUUAUGUUCAUUUAUUAGUUUUCUCUCUGCUUCAGGAACGUCCAGUUCCCAAUUGCUAGGCAGAUCUUCCCCUAUGGCGCAAUGCUUUGCAGCUAGAAAGGUCAAGUCCAGAAGACGGAUAUUAUCAAAACGUAAGACUUAGGCUCUACACUGCCCAGUCCACUCUCAUAGUUCUUAUGAGUGUGUAAUGCUGGAGGCAAGCUCAUUUGCAUAAUUUACUAUUCAGUUUUGUUUUGUUUUUGUUUUUUCUUACCCUCCCACUCAGAGAAACGGAGGCCAAUUAUACCACCAGCCUUGAAUGGCUCUGGCACCAAUUGCAUCUCUUUUAAGCAAAAUGUGUUUCUAAAAUUAAUUUUACUGUCUUUGUUUGUGUUUAUGUUGAUGUUUAUACAGUGUUUUACACACUGCAGAGAUAAAUAGUUUUAAACAGCUUUCUUGGUUGCUUAAGACUUUUGCACAGUACUGUAUAAGCUGCGCAUGUUAAUGGCUCAUGUACAAGAGUGAGCUGUGUAGGCCAGGUCAACACGAAAAUGGACUGAAAGUGGCGUUCGACUGAAACACUUUACUUUGAUUCCUUAGUUACAUCUGAGCAUUGAAAAUAUCAUUUAUACAACAAAUAGUCUGUAGAAGCCAGGGUAUCAAAAUGGAUCAGCUGAUUUGAUCUUUUUGUGGUUUAAUUUUUUUUUUGUGUGUGUGUGUGUGUGUGUGUUUAUUUAUUUAUUUUUAAUAUUACAAAGCUAAAAUGUGGUAAUUUUGUAUUUUAUCAGUCAGGUAGUUUUGUAUUUCCUGCUGCAGUCUUAAUUCAUGCUGAACAACUGUUCAUUGUACUUUAUUGCUUGUGAAUUGCAGAUUAGUUUACUACUUAGACUUUUACAGUAUUGUUAUUUUUGUAGGUACAUAACAGAAACACUAUAGGAAAACCCCAGGAAAGAUGGCAUGUAAUUACUCACACAUUACAUGACUUAACUUACAAAUUGACCAGUUUAUAGCAAAAAUAUGUUUACUGUGGUAAAAUCAUAAUAGCGUACCUGUAGAUCUGUUCAGCUCCUGGAUAAGUUAUUAGGUUUAUUAGGAUUAUGUCAAUAAAUCUUCUAUUUUUUUUUUUCUUUUCUCCAAGCUUUAAUUUUUAUAUCUGUCUGGUCAGUACCUGAUAUGGUCAGGCAUCCGUUUACUACUUUUUCAACUAUGAAUAGAUAAUUCUGCAUUUUAGAAUUUGAACGCUUGUUGAAGUGUGGUAUAUCAUAGAGGUGGGUGAGCGGGCAAAUUAUGUCAUGAUGGUGCCUGGAGACAUUUUUUGGAGACAUUAUGUGUAGUUCAAUAUUUCAUUGCUUCCUGAGUUGAAACAGAUAGAAAACCGUUAUUUUUGUUCAGCAUGUCACUGACUGCACUGCAGUAAAUUCAGUUAAACAGGACUAAUUGACCCUGACUACACCUUGCAUUCAUUUGUUUUCUACGUCACAUCUGGAUAAACCACAAACGGGCAAACGCCUUCUGUUUAGACUUGCAUUACAUGUGGUCAAGAUGAGUCUCUAACCACUUCAGAAUGUAGUGUGAGUGACCUGAUCUCUCAAAACAGUCCAUACAGGUCUAUAGGUGUAUCAUAAUACCUGCAAUACCUUAAAGGGGAAAUUCUACCGCUUCUUCAGAAUUUCUCUUGAGAUAUAAGCAAAGUUUAGAGUUCUUUCAUGUGAAAUGGUGCAUCUUAGGUAAACAGUGGCAGUGAUAAAAACCAGGGGUUGUCUACAUAGUCAGUUUACGAACCAUCCAAAACCACCACGGAACCUACAUGUGUCCUCUGAGUUUAUGCAUGUACAUAUACAUUUUCUUUGGGGACUAUUUGUGGUAUAAUGUUUAAAAAAAAAGAAGUUUUGGGCCAAAAUCUGAUCUCUGAGCAAUCAGAAAACAAUGCUUUAGACAUCAGACACCGGAUUCAUAACCAUUUCAUAUGAUGACUCACUGUCAGGGAACCUUUAGAGGCAUUAACACUUCUGACGUCUGGUUCCUAUCACCACCACUGUGAACAAUUCAGACUCAGUAACUUGCUCUCAAACAGCAUUUCACGGCAAACCACUCACAAUAACUUUGUUUAUGUCUUAACGAUUAAAUUAUGCGGCUUAAUUAGGCAUUCCCUUGUGCGUUACAGCUGUUGAUAUUGGGUCUACAGUAAUGUUCGGUAUGACUUGGUUUUGAUUAUAAGGUAUCUGACGUGCGCCUCAUACAACGGAUGUUCUUUCAGAUUCAAGCACCACUUAAGGAAGUCAGUUGUUUUCCAGGCUUUUCACAGGUCUCAGUGGAAAUAAAGACCGCUCAGAUUUGUUCAAGACUAAAUAUCCAGGAGUUCUGAUUUUCUCUUUAUUCUAUUCACAGCAGGCCUGUACUGCUGUGUGUAUGUUGACUAUAGUUUAGCUUUAAAAAACAUCCUGAUUGGAGCAUUAAUAUUUGACUAUUUUCACUUAUUAAUGCAUUCAGAAUGCUCUUUUAAAAGCUCAGUAUGCUUUUUUUCCCCUCCCAUUUAUACCCUCAUAGUGAAAAUGCACAUCACUAAAUAUGAUCUAUCUUAGUUUCUGCCUAUUUAUUACUUCAAGGUGCUUUUUGUCUUGAAAUAAUAUAGCAAUACAUCAUAAAUCUGGUCAGGGCAGAUCAUUUUCCAGCCUUUGAUGUUCAUACUCAUGUUGUUUCUAGGCAGUUCUGAUAUUUGUGCAAAGUACUUCAUUGUUCGCUUGUUCUUCAGAGACAAAUUGAAUCUUUCAGUCAGACUUGUUGGUGAUUGUCAGCCGUUGAGCUGAACGUCCAUUCCAGAGGAAGAUUUUUAGAGAUUAUACUGGCAUUUUUACUUUUUAAUGACUAAUAAAAUGCCCUGUUUUUAGCUGCUUUUAAAAAUUGAUCGGGAAACGAAAUUGAAAGAUAUUAUUACAUUGAAAAAUCAAAUGUACAUAAUGUUCUGCUUACCCUAGAUGUAGUCGAUACGUCGUGUUUGGUGUUCAGAUUUUACUGGUUUAGUUCAGCGCUGGAGCUACAAGGCUCACGUUGUAAACAAACACAAAGUCAAUAGUCACACACAUCUUUUCUGUAAAUGCUCCCCCAAAACUCAGUUGGUUUAAACCGCAUCUAGGUCUUCAUUAUGGUUUAGGACACGUCACAACUUACUUUGAAAUGAAAGGAACGAAACUUUGCUGCGUAGCUAAAUGCAGCAGGAAGCCCCUCAAGACAACGGGGGUGAUAUGCUGAAUUCUGACUCCUGGACAGAAUCGAUCAUACUGUGCUUCCUUUAGACAAAAGAAAACAAAGUAUUUUGGAAUAAUUAUCAUUUUUAAAAUCUCACUGAGCAUGUAUUGCUGCAGUGAACGCUUGCCAUUUAGAAUAAUGUGUAUUUUUCCAUAGCAAGUGAAGGAUGAUAUUUGCCAUCAUGUCUUUACUGUCCUUUUGUUACUCCUAAUUGAAAUGAUUAUAGAAACUUGGAGUGUCAAACUUGGGAUUAAUCCUGAAAACAUGCCUUUAGAUGAUCCUACAUUUUAAGCUAUAAAUAACUCCUUACUGUUUGAGUUGAUUUGAAAUCAGUUAUUUUGUUUGAGCUUUAGGCCCAGCGGUAAUUACCAAAACUGAAUUUUUAACUGUAACGAUUUAUGCCAGCAUAACGUUUGUAGCUCAGUUUUAACUUUAUAAACUUCCUUGAAAAUGAACGCAGAUGUUGGGACUUUUGAAGUUGGAAGCUAAGCUCUUUCUAACCUACUGGACAUUUCUCUCUUUUUCUGCAUGACAAAACGGAUUGCUUCUUACGAGUCUUUUCCAGGCUGUGUUUACCUCUGGUUUUUAUUGCUCCAUAUCCAUAUCAGCAAUUACUGAGUUUGUGAUUUUGCUUUUUUUCUUUAAGAGCAGAAAGAGGCGGAUUAUUUCACAUCCUUUGUAAGUGAUGUAUUUUUUGGGGGGGUGGGGAGAAGAAAGGAAUUGCAUUGGUGAAUAAAAGUUUUGCUGUUUUGUA